AUGGUCCCGGUGUAUGCUACCAUGUCAUUCUUCGCGCUAGCUUUUAGCGAGUACGCGAUGUAUUUCAACACCAUUCGAGACGUGUAUGAAGCGUGGGUGAUUUACAACUUCUUGUCGCUGUGUCUGGCGUGGGUGGGGGGUCCCGGAGUGGUCGUGACGUCGCUCGCUGGUCGCGUGCUCAAGCCGUCCAUCGUCCUCGGCACUUGUUGCUUGCCUCCCAUGCCGCUCGACGGCCGAUUCAUCCGGCGCUGCAAGCAGGGCUGCCUGCAGUUCGUGUUCCUCAAGCCCAUCCUCGCCGCGCUCUCCCUCAUCCUCUACUCGUACGGCCUGUACAACGACGGCAACUUCAGCGCGUUUGACUCGUACCUGUACAUCACGUGCGUGUACAUGCUCUCCUACUCCGUGGCCAUCUACGCACUCAUCCUCUUCUACGUCGCCUGCAAGGACCUGCUACACUCCUUCAACCCCAUCCCCAAGUUCCUCAUGAUCAAGGCCGUCGUCUUCCUCACCUACUGGCAGGGAGUCAUCAUUUUCCUCAUCGCCCACUUCACAGCCAGUCCAGAGGGAGCAGCGGACCUGCAAAACGUGAUCAUCUGCUGCGAGAUGGCGCUAGGAGCCAUCGGCUUCAUGAUCGCAUUCCCCGUCAAACCCUACAUGGUCGCGAACGUGGGCACGUCAGGGGCCGGACCGAUGGAUUUUCAGGGGUUCGGGCUUGCAGGGCUGGGUCUGGCAAACAUGAGCGAGGAGCAGAAGGGCGCGCUGAUUGCGGCGUUUAAGCAUUCUGUCAAUAUGGGGGAUGUGGUGAGCGACACGGUGCACCAGUUCGCCCCCACGUACCAUGACUAUGUGCUGUACAGCGAUGGGUCUCAGGACAAGCCGCAGCACUACCGCACCCGCACCUUUGUUCCAGCAGGCAAGGAGAUGGAGAAUGCGCGACGCAUGGGGCAGACCUUCAGCUCAGGACGCACAGGACUCCUCACAGCUGAGGCCACUGCCUCAGAGCGCCGCUUUGCCAACCUAUUCGCCUCCAUCACCCCUGUUGCUGCUGCUGGCGCCGCCGCUAUCCUGGAUUCUCCCUCUGGGGAACCCUCGAGCUCGUACGACCCUGUUCCAGUUAAGAAAACCAGUUCGUCGUCGCUUUCUCGAAGCAGCAGCAAGGGAGGAGAGGGGGUCGGUGUGAGAGGGAGUGGGUCGGAGGGUGAGCCGCUGUCACGGAGGGCGUCAAGCAUCAAUGAGGAGGAGAACUCUCGGUUGAGACGCAGCUCAGGGGCAGCGAGCAAGAAAGAGAACGAGUUUGGGUUUCUGAUGAACGAGGAUGACAUGAUCGAGGAGGGGGAUCCUCGACUUGACCUCGAGGGGUUUGUAACAGGGUAA